AUGUCCGUCACCACAACAACAGCGACCGCCGCAUACGCGCCGACCCAUCGGUCUCUCGCCAACCAGCCGCGCUCUCUUCGCAAAGCGACCAGCUUCACAAGCGCUUUCCCCUCCGCCGCAACCGCUUCUUCUCCCAGCCUCAACUCGCUUUACAACGCCCAUUCGCGUCUCACUCCUUCGCACAAGACUCUCCCGCGGAAAUCCUCCCUUGCUGCCCUUACUCCCAACUCGCUCGCCUCCAUUCCCGAUGUGAGCGAGUCUUACGCCUACAACAGCGUGCUAGCCGACUCGCCCGAUCGCAACAUGGCGCCCACCACUCCCGGUAAGCCCGGGAAUGAUUUUGUCAUUGGCGAUGUCGUCGAAGUGCCGGGCAACAUGCUCGCUACUGUCCGAUUUAUCGGUUCGGUUCAGGGAAAGAAGGGCACUUUCGCUGGGGUGGAGCUGCAUCCAGAGUUCUCACAGCGGGGGAAGAACUCUGGUGAAGUAGAAGGUGUUUCAUACUUCACGACGACUUUGCCCGGCGCUGGUAUUUUCCUGCCUGUCACGAAGGCUGUAAGGCGAGACUCUCCCCCCGGCUCCUCCGCGAGCUCAUUCCCACAUACACCCACGGCGAGCACAUUGGGUGGCCUGAAAGUCGGCAACCAGAACUCGACAAACUUCACUCCUCCUACGCCAUCGCUGCCCGCAUUUAGCAAAUCCGUCGGCCCUGGCAUUGGACGUUCUACUAGUCCUGGACUGAAGAAGCCAAGCAAACCCUCCCUGCGCCCAGAGUCGCCGUCGCGCAAACUGCAAAUGACGCCUGGGCCGAGGCCUUCACUGGCAACCCCCAACAGAGUCCCUUCCAAGUACACGUCUCCUACUGGCAAUAGAUUUGCUCAGAGCGUGCGUGGAACGGCUGGGGAUCCUAGCAAGACACCCGGCAGACUCGACAGGAAACCUAGCGUGGGACCUCGCAGUGCUUCUGCCCUGGGCCUGUUUGACGAGGAAGCCACACCCACCGCCUUGCAGCGGACCAAAACAAACGGAAGCGUAACGUCGGUCUCGUCAUAUAGCUCACAGUUUCGGGUUCCUUCGCGUGCGGGCUCCAGAGCAGCAUCGAGGGCAACCAACGAUCAUGAGGUGGAACGGUUGAGGACACAGCUUGAGGAUCGUGAGAGACAGUUGAGAGACCAAGCAGCCACGUUAGCAGAGAUGGAAAGCAGUCUUACUGAGCUGCAGACACUAAUGGAAAACUCCGACAUGACAGCCAUGAAACGAAAUAGUCUCGAUGAUAAGGACUCCGCGCAACUUCGAAUGCUGGUUAGAGAAAAGAACGACAAGAUCGCCAUGCUUACGGCCGAAUUCGAUGCGCACCGAGCCGACUUCCGCAGCACCAUCGAUACCCUGGAGAUGGCUAGUACUGAAACUGAGCGAGUGUAUGAAAAGCGCAUCGACGAACUCAUGGGAGAGAUUCGAGAGCUCGAGUCUCGCACUGAUGAUGUAGAUGUGGUUGCCCGGCAAUUGAAGCAGCUUGAAGAGUUGGUACAAGAAUUGGAGGAGGGCCUCGAAGAUGCACGACGUGGCGAAGCCGAAGCCAGAGGGGAGGUCGAAUUCCUUCGCGGUGAAGUCGAGCGAACGCGUACCGAGCUGCGCCGCGAACGCGAGAAAGCCUCAGCUACGAUGAACGGCUCCGGAGGCCCAUCAAACGGCGAUCGGGCUUCUGUAUCCAAGGAACUCGAGCAGAAGGAAGACGAGAUUCGAGGGCUGAAGGCUAUCAUCCACUCCCUCAGUCGAGAUUCUGUCCCCGAUACCGAGAAACCGGAAGACCCCUCGAUCCGCGAGAACGCUAUGGCGCGCGAGAAGUUGGAGAGAGAGCUCGCGGAGCUUCGUGCCGUUGUCAAGGACAAGAACCACCGCGAGGAGGAACUUGAGCGGGAGGUGGAGAUGCUGCGUAGGGGUAGCGCCACAACUCAACGAUCUGGUUCCAUGACAAACGGUGGCGCCCAGCGCUCGUCACUCCGCGACUCACGUGACACCGUGGUGUUGACGCGGAACAACGAGCCUCGAUCCCCCGAGGCGACGCACAAGCGUGGCCGCACCUUGGACACCAUGCCUGAGAGCGAUACCUACUCAUCAGUUACUGAGAAUAGCACUCUCUGGUGCGAGAUCUGUGAGACUGGCGGUCACGACAUUCUCACCUGCACCAACAUGUUCGGCACCGACGGCGGCAAGACCAAUGGUGACGGGAGGUCCAUCAAGGACGUGACAAGAGAAGCGUUGAAGCCCAUGGACGAUGAGCACAAGCCCCCUCCUCUGUCGCCGAGACCCAAGGCAUCAUCUUCUCCUCCGGCUACCCUGCCUGCUGCUCCCCCAAUCGUCAAGAUCCUGCCCAACCCCAUGGAUAAUGGACCUGUUGCUGGCAAGGAUAGCGGCGUGGUAGACAACUCCAAGUGGUGCGCCCUUUGCGAGAGAGACGGGCACGACAGUGUCGAUUGUCCGUUUGAAGAUGCGUUCUAG